CGUUACCAGAGCGGCUGAUCGUGCAUCGAAAGUGGAAGCCUGUGGUGUAAUGUAACGCGUUAUGACGCCUUUUGCGCUAGUUAAACAUUCGGUGUAACGCGUGUCGGCGGGACCCUCGAAAUCGGAUGCACGAGAAGCCGGACGAAAGCCAGCAACUAGAGGCACGGGCCGUCGGCGACACGCGAUCAUCGCAACUCGGUGGCGCGACGGCGUUCCGUCACCGCCUCCUUGGAGAUGCAGUGUCCGCUGGCCCGCGGCUAGUAGAAAGCACCCUUCCAACGCUGUGACCCCCUGCCCUGGGAUGCAUGGCCGUGCCCAGAAUGAACUGCAAACCGAUCGUCACGUAUGCAGGUGACAAGCAAGUGUUCAAAGCCCUUGAGCCCCUGCUCCUGGAAGGGUUGCCACAGGAGUCUGUUGAGUGGACACGCUCCUAUGGGCGGGGCCCGAAGACAGUGCGGGUGGAGUGUCGCUUCGUUGAGUACGAUGCGGCCCAACUGUCCCGAGAAAAGGAUGGCCGCCUGCUCGAUCAGGCGCACCUACACGUGUACUGCACCGACUGCAAUGACCUGGAGACAUACCGGUCUCGAGUGCGAGAUGAAAUUAUUGAGUGGAUGUCUCAGCUCAAGGAGGCCGGCAUCUACGACUGGAUGCUGGUCGCCGUGGAGCCGACGGACGCGCGGCGUGCCAACAAGGCCAAGCUCCUCUCGCGCGCGACUGUGUUCGACCGCAUGCGCGCCGACUUCCCGAGCAAGACUUUUGACCGAUGCGUGCAGGUGUCAACAGACUCGAGCGGGUCGGUCGGCGUGGCAGCGCUGCUGGGCCGUCUGCGGCAGCUGUUGCUGCACGCCACGGGGCGCCACCUGGGUCGUUACGAGGAGCUCAUACGGAUGCAGCGGGAGCGACGAACUGCACCCCAGUGGUCUUUCCUGCACUUCUUUUUCCUGCAGGAGGAGCUAGCCCUUGUACUGGAGGCAUUGGGACUGUAUGACGAGGCCCUGGUGCAGUAUGACGAGCUUGACGCCCUGUUUACACAGGUGGUCAUCAAUUCGGCCAGCGGAGAGAUGCCCGAGUGGUUGUGCCAGCUAGCACAGCUGGGCUGCGAGGCCUGGGGAGGCCUGCGGCUUGGCGUGGACCCUGCGCACAGCCCCGAGCGACAGCUUCUUCAGCGCAGCAAGGGUUCCUUGCUGCAGCUGCGCAACUACCUCUUCUGCCGACAGUGUGCUCUACUCCGCCUGCAGAAUCGAACGUCCGAGAUGGCAUCCCGCACACUCUCGUUCCUGCACAACACCGUCCACGAACUAGCCAUCCUGGAGGUGACUACACCGCCAGGGGCAGUGGCUUGCUGGGUGUUCACCAGCUGCCUGGAGGUGCUGUCUGCGUGCGAGGGGGAUGGCCCAGCAGAAGAAGUGGCACCUACUGCCAACGCUACACCGCCACCAUCACGACGGGGGGAGAAGCAGCAGCAGCCAUUGCAGCAGCAACAGCCGCAGCAACAGCCGCAGCAGCAGUCCACCAUGGUGAAUGGUGCGGCAUACUCCCUGCACACUGUGGGGCUCUGGUCCUAUGCCAGAGAAAAGUUGAAACAGCUGGGUGACCUGUGUGGCCUGAUGCCUGGCAAGGAGUCUACUUCCGAGCACCUGCUCAUGGUGAUAGCACUGCUUUCGGGCAUGCAGUCGUCAGCUGCCGAGCUGGACAGCCAGUCACCGCACAGUCAGCUCAGGGAGGCACUCUCUUCCAAGGAAUCCUUUCUCAAACACUACCUGGAUUUGUCGGAGCACACCAUGAUCAUGUUCAAACACACGGGUCGGCUACGUUCGGCUAGGCUAGUCGGCAGAGAUCUAGCAGAGCUGUACAUCCAAUUGGGUGAGCCGCAGAAGGCGGUGCCCUUCCUCGUGGAGCUGGUGAGGAGCCAGGCGGACGAAGGGUGGCACCGGUUGGCGGCCAUUGGGCAGCGCCGGUUGCUCGACUGCUACGCUCAGACGGGCGAGUGGGGGCGCUACCUGCGCGCUGCACUCGCCCUGGCUGCCUGCCCCGCCCUGCCCCUGGACGAACGACUACAGCUGUUCGAGGAGGUCCAGCCUUGCAUGCAGAACCUGCGUGAGAUGGGAGAUGGGCCCGUGGCACUGCCCAUGGAGGGCCUGGUGUCGCUAGAGGCCGACGAGGCUGGUGCUUCCCUCCCACUGCCGCCACCUGCAUCGACAGUUCCGCGGUGGGCGGAGGGCAGUGAGGUAGAGCUGUCGUUGACCCUGACGAGCCAGCUACCGGCCACCCUCAAGGGCUGCACCCUGACCUUGCAUCUGCAUCGGCUAGAAUCGCCCCCGUCUGUCCCCAACACGCCUACCAAGCAGCGUGGCCGGUGGAGUUGGCUAGCCUCGAGCGGUCGCCCCGGCGGGUGGAGCCCCCGCAUGGCCGUGCUGACACCACGUUCGGCAACGAGCCCUUCCGCGGGCCGUGGGAGCUCCGGUCACCACGGGGCUGGAUCUGUGGGACUUGUGUGCUCCAACCUGCCUGUCGUACCGCCCCAGGCACCAUGCCUCACGAACACGGGCGGAAGCGGUGACGCCGUCGAGUUCCAGCUUCAGGACGUCGACCUGGUGCCGGGAACAAAUCGGUUCACCUUCCACCACAAGGUGUCCCAAGUGGGCUACUACGUGGGCCGGCAGCUGGACCUGCGCUGGGAGCAGCUCAGCCUGGCACAGCUCACCCUGGGCGGGAGCUUCACGAGCAGGGCGGGGAAGCUCUCGAUGGCCCGGCCGCCCGCCUUCACCGUCUACUACGACAGCCCCAAGGUGGCACUGCACUUCCCACAGGGUGAGCUUCUGGCAGGUGUGCGGCAGAGGCUAGAGGUGGUGCUGACUUGUGGCAGCAUUCCACUCACUGCCGACCACCAGCUUCACCUGAAGGUCUCCAAAGGACUGCUUAUCAGGCCCAGCCACAGACAGACGGACUCUAAAUCUGAAGACGCAAACUCCGACUGUCCGCUGCCUCCAUCGUCUCCAUCGUCUUCCUUGUCUCCACCCUUCUGCGACGACUGCCGUGUGCCAGUCGGAGAGCCCGGUCUGACCGCAUCGUCUACAGAAGGGCGUACCUUCUCGCUGGUGCUCCAAGCGCCACUGGCCCCCUCGACUUUACCUGCCACGCACCAUGUGGCGCUAGCGGUGGAAGACUCCGACGGCACUGCCGUUCCGGGUUCGUCGCAGACAGUGGCGCUCCACUUUCUGGCACCCUUCGCCUGCAACCAUCGGUUGCAGACUUGCGACCAGCGGAAGUACCUCCAAGUGAACCUGCAGGGCUUGACAUCGCAACCUUUCACAGUGGGGAACGCCACCCUGCUGGCACUAGACAGCGAGCCUGUAUACCUGAAACCCCUCCACACAAGCUCACAGCUGCUGAGGGUGAGUCCCGAGCAGACGGCGUGCUUCCUCUGGGAGCUGCUCAACGCUGAGGGCCAGCCACUGCGCCUCUCCUUCUCAGUGCUCUACGUGCACGGCACGGGCGAGGAUCGUGUCGAAAACAGCUUCAGCCACACCUUCCGCAUCGAGGAUUACCAGACGCUAUACACAGUGCGUGUGCGAGUGGAGCCGCAGUCUGGAGCUGAGUUCUGCCGGGCGGACUGCGCAUGUAGCCUGCACGUGCACAUCAGUCAGCUGCAGACAACAGCGCCAUCUGCACUCAUGUACGAGCUUGUUCCAGACGCGACCGCCUGGGCCGUGCUUGGACGCACUGCCGGGGUGCUGCAGCUGAGUCCUGAGCAGCGUGAGCAGACUGUCAUGUUAGAAGUGAAGCCACUGCAGGUCGGGUUCCUGCCUGUACCCACAGUGAGGCUGUCACGAUACAUCCCGUCCUCCUCGUCCGGCGGAACACCUUCCAAGAGCCUCGGAUCCGAAGGCAGCAGUGCGCAGGGUACCGCCAAGCUGGAGCCAUUCCUGCCCGGCCAGGUGUACAAUUGGAGCCGAGCCACACAAGUGCACGUGCUGGCGCCUUCGACUACCAGCUGCGAGCCACCCGGCUGACGAGAUGCAGUGCCGCGCGUUCGUUAGAAAGGCCUCGCGAGAGUGGAACAAUAGUGCCCACCACCAACCUCAACACUGGCCUCGCCUGUAUUAUUUGCUGGACCCUACCCCUUCCUCCCUUCUAGGCCACUGUACAAAGAGAGAAAGAGAGGAGGAAAAAAGAAAAAAGGACUGGCUGCUGUCCUCUUAGGGGAUUGACAGGGACGUUUUCUCCGCCCGUUUGUCGUCGUACUAGUAUCUAUUGAUUGCCCCGUCGUAAUUUUGCUUUUCCAGGGCCAGUCUUGGCUCCUAUUGUCCAGCCUGCUCUGCACCAAGCUGCAAUGACAGGCUGAUAUGCGUGGGACACCGACAAAUGAAAGAGAAGGACGCUCGAAAAACAUUGCAGUGUUUUGCACGCACUCCUUGUAAAUGCUGUGCUUGUUUAGACCACUUCUGUUAUAAAUACCCCCCCCCCCCCCACCCUCCUCCAGUCCCUAGAGAGUAGACAUCCUAUGCAACAAAAUUAGGCAGAGCCCCCUAUUUUCCUCUUGCUGUAACAUAUAAGUGACAUUCCCAAUUCCUUCCUUUGUGUUUUGUGAGUUGUUCCCAACCGUCUUUCCCAUGGCCUACUUUGUAUGUAUUAAUUAGGGCAUGCCGUCCUUUGUUUUUCCUCCAAGCUCAGUCAGGCUCUGCUUUAGAUUGUUGUACAAAGUCGAAGACAAAGUCAUUGCUGUCUUUUUUUUUUCUUUAGGAAACGUGUUACGCCGUUGUGACGACUACGGCAGAAAACUCCUAGCCUCCUGUAUUAAGGCCUCCUCUCGUCUCCGUCCGAAGAGGCCUCCAGGGUUGUAUAUGUUUGCCAAGCAAAGCGGCUCAUCGCGGGUGCUUUGUGUUUUGUUUUGCGCACGUCGGGGUUGUUGCGCAGUGCUGCUCAGAAGCGUGUGUAUUGCUUUAGGAAACAAAAGAAGAAUAAAUAGGUGACAUUGUGAUU